AUGCCCGCAUCGAACAGGGUACAACAGUCUCCUAACAGCAUAACCGAAGACAUCCACUGGCCUAGCAACAUUUCAAACACUGAUCCCAGUACGCCUGCCCAAUCAACAUACACGUCAUUCCAGAAUCAGGCAUCUAUCAACCAAUCUCCGCUACCAUCGAUCGACUUCUCCUGGGAAGAUGACCUACUGCCCAUGUCCGGGCUAACCUGGAAUGAUUUCGACAGUCAAAUGCUACCUUCAAUGGAGUCGAGUCAAGCUCCUGAUAAUCUAUUAUUAUCCAGCGGAAAUACGGGGCCGCUCAACCAAGGAGGCCCUUCAGGGCUGUCCAACAGAUCCAUAUCACGUCAGGUAAUUGAUAUUGAGGACAAUACCGACCAAUCAAGAUCUUUGGCCGUCUUGAACGAGCCCUCUGGCUUGAUUAUAUCGCUCCCACAAUACUUCUUCCGUCACGUUAUUACGCUCUACUGCGUAUGGGAUGGCGAGUCAAACUCAUUACGCGAUAUCCUCAAAAAUCAGUGGCAGUCGUCUGGCGCCUUGCACCACAUAAUUAGAAGCAUGGCAGCUGCUUGCCUGUCCCAAGACUUUCCCUUCCUGUCAACGGUAGCCAAACAGGAACACAGCGAAGCACUGAGGUACAUCAAGGCCCGAGGCCAACAGAAGCCGACACUCCAGGACCUGCUUGCGUGUAUGCUUCAUGGACAUACUUCCAGCUGGUUGAAUCCGCAUGAUCUGGCGAUAGACAUGUUUGGAGAAAGCUCUAGACUAUUGGCUGCUCUCGACCAGGAUAAUAGUCAAGGAACAAACACAAAGGAUCUUUCGUUUUUUCACGAAACAAUGGAAUACUGGGCCAUGCUUUUGAGCUUUCUUGUGGGCGACCCGCAGCUCGAUAGCCAUCACAAACAACAUUCAGCCAAGGCAACUGUAGAACCUUCAGCCAAGCCUCACCCCUAUUCAGGAAUUUCACGCGAGACGGUUCAGAUAUUAGCAGAUACCGGGUCUCUGGUAUUUAAGUACCGCCAAUACAUGUCGAGAGUCAAAUUCUUUGAGGAAAAGGACUUUGACGUAUUCCGGGCAACGUUGCGAGAAGCUCGAUCCCUUGAGAGAAGGCUCCUUGCCCACCGUCUCCCAGAAUCGUCUAGCAUAACCGACCCCGGGGACCCAAAAACGCCUGUCCACCAUUUCAGACUCAUGGAUGAGGCGUAUCAGUACACGGGGCUACUACAGAUUUAUCGCGUUUUCCCCGACCUCCUCAACGAGAGAUAUGCCCCAUGGAAUGAGGAGCACAUACUUCGACCCCCGCCUGCUUUGAAAACCCCCACGGCAGAAGAAAGGAACAGCUGGCUGACACAGUUGGCUGUGCACGUGCUAGAUAUCCUUGAAAGCAUCCCUUUCGAGUCUCGCACUCGCAGCGGCCAACCUUUUAUCAUGGUGGCGGUAUCUAGCGAGUUGCGGCGUUGUACUGGCGGCGAUCUAGCUACGAUAGUAGUUGGCAACGAUGUAACUGUGCCUGCAGUAAGUAAUGCUUCUGUUAGAGCACUGCAUGCGAGGAGAUUCAUACGAACGCGUCUCAACGCAUAUGCUCACGUUCUGCCACUUGAUAAGAUUGGCGUUAUCUCAAAGCUUGUAGAUCAUAUCUGGGCAGUAUUGGAUAGUGGCGAAGAAAACGUGUACUGGCUAGACAUUGCGGCGAAGAAGGGGCUUGGGACAAUGAUGGGAUAA